GUUUAUUAAAGACUUUUGCCACAGCACAAAACUCUUAUCUUCCUAACUGUUUCGUGAAGCCGAGGGAAAACUUAUUUCUUGACUAGCUGUUGAACAAGAAGCUUACAUUUAACUAAAUAUGACUGGACGCGGAAAGGGAGGAAAAGGAUUAGGUAAAGGAGGCGCUAAACGUCAUCGUAAGGUGCUCCGUGAUAACAUCCAGGGCAUUACAAAGCCCGCCAUUCGCCGCUUGGCACGUCGUGGUGGAGUCAAACGUAUUUCUGGCUUAAUUUAUGAGGAAACGCGUGGUGUAUUAAAGGUGUUCUUGGAAAACGUUAUUCGUGAUGCCGUUACUUACACCGAGCAUGCCAAGCGUAAGACUGUUACCGCCAUGGAUGUCGUUUACGCUUUGAAACGCCAAGGACGUACUCUAUACGGUUUUGGCGGCUAAAUGACUUAAAUAUUACUAUAAUGAAUAAAAUAUGAUAACUUAUGACAAAUAUUAAAUAAAGUCAUUCCAAGAAUUUA